UUGUCUACGACUCAGGAUGUCCUCCUUGCCCUUGUGCGGUUUCGUCGACUUACCGUUCUUCUCCUUGGCUCCGUCGAGGCAAUCACACUCUAUUCACACAAUUGCCAGUUUGACCGAACGUCCGUCGGCUCGCCCCAUGUCGCGCAGGCCGCAUGUUGUCGAUCCAGCUUGUUUGUGCCCUCUCUGAUUCACUCUUUCCCACCGCACACACACUCUCGGGCGUCGUUGAAGAGAGUAUCCGCUAGCAGUGGAUCAUACAAAACUACACGUUGUGACCUCGUUCGGCCCCCUCCUCCUCUUGUUUCACAUCUUUUUCCGUCCGAUCUGAUCCCAUCCGAUCAACAGACGCCCAGUUGGCCACCUCGUCCGAGCGACUAUGUGAUCACCUGUACAUGGUUGGACGCUGCUCUGGCCUCGUAG